AUGUCGGACGAUACCAAGGAGAUCUCACAAGAGGAGGUGAAGAAGCACAACAAGAAGGACGACAUCUGGAUUAUUGUUCACGGCAGAGGUAUGCUCAAACGGUUAUUCCACUGCGUCGAUCACCCUGGAGGCGCGCAAUCCUUGCACGAAGUUGCUGGCGAGGACGCGACGGCUGCCUUCGAAGAUGUUGGGCAUUCGUCAGAUGCUCGCGAAACCAUGGGACAAUACAUCAUCGGCAAACUUGAAGGAUAUCAGGAAGACGAGGAUGACAUCGGAGAUCAGAAGCCAAAGGAGCUACCCUUGCUUGUCAGGAUCGCUCAAGCCAACAACCAGAGUCACAAAUCAUCUUCCACUGAGAAACUCGCUCGCAAUCUCUUGAAGGGUGCCAUCGGUGGAGGCGGAGCAUUCCUUGCAUACGAGCUUAUUGCGAGAUCUCCCAUCGUUGGAUGGCUACACCACCGACACGGUGGCUUCUGGAAGGGUAUCCUUCUUGCCUUCAUUGCAACCUUCUCGGCGUCGGCAACAUUGCUGCUUUGGCUUGGCCGCCACUUCAAACAGCACACCAUUUCAGACUGGCCAACACACUACAAGCCGCCUACAGUCGCAAAGCCUGCCACCGAGCCUGCUGGUUUCCUCAAAUCCUCGGACUUCCAGACAUUGCCUCUGGUCAAGAAGGACAAGCUGUCGAAGAACACAUAUCGUUUUGUGUUCAAGCUUCCCAAAGAUGACAUGGUACUCGGACUUCCCAUUGGCCAACAUCUCAGUAUCCGUGGUCAGGUCAAUGGCAAGACUGUUUCUAGGUCCUAUACCCCGGUCUCGAACAACCAUGAUAAAGGAGAACUCAAGCUUGUGAUCAAGAUGUACCCUGAUGGUCAGCUCACAGGUGGUUAUCUUGAAGACCUCAAGGUCGGAGACGAAGUCGAAUUCCGAGGUCCUAAAGGCGCCAUGAAGUAUGGCAGAGGCCUUGCCUACGAAAUUGGUAUGAUUGCUGGAGGUACUGGAAUUACUCCCAUGUACCAGAUCAUCCGCGCCAUUUGCGAAAACCCUCGCGAUAAGACCAAGGUCACUCUGUUGUACGGAAGCGUAUCUGAGGAGGAUAUGCUUUUACGCAAAGAGUUGGACGCAUUUGCAGAAAAGUACCCUGAGAAUUUUAGAGUAAUUCACGUACUCAGUCGCCCUAGCGACAAAUGGACAGGUGCUAAGGGCUACAUCGACAAAGAUUUGGUACAGAAGGAGUUGCCGGGACCGCAAAAGAAGAACAAGAUCCUGCUCUGUGGGCCUCCACCUUUGGUCAACAGCAUGAAGGAAGCGCUCCCAAAGCUUGGAUAUGAAAAGCCAGGCUCUGUUUCAAGAUUGACGGACCAAGUUUUCUGCUUCUAG